CGACGAACCGAGUCCGAAACUCGUACAGCAUCAUGAACGCCAAGGUGGUGGUUCUCUUUGCCCUGGUGGCGCUUGCUUUUGCUGAAGAAACGAAAAGCGACGAUACAAAGAAGAUUGAGACCACAAAGAAAGAUAAGCGUGGUCUUUAUGGAGCCUUAGGCUACGGCUACGGUCUUGGUGGGUUGGACUAUGGUCUCAGUGGCUUAAACACGUACUCGUCCCUUCCGCUCACCAGCGUGAGCCACGGUGUUUCUACCGUCUUGACGAAGGAAGUCGCUGUACCCGUGCCCCAACCAGUUGCCGUACCCGUCGAGAAACACGUUCCGGUCCCGGUUAAGGUGCCAUACGCCGUGCCUGUCGACCGUCCGUACCCCGUCCAAGUACCCAAACCCUACCCAGUCGAGGUCACCAAGCAUGUUCCUGUCGCAGUAGACCGCCCCGUGCCCGUUCCCGUCAACGUUCCAGUUAAGGUUCCAGUUCCCGCCCCAUACGCCGUCAAGGUACCCCAACCCUACGCUGUCCCCGUCGUCAAACACGUGCCGGUACCAGUCGAGCAGCCGAUCGUUUACACGAAAUUGCACGCUGGUCUUGGAUACAGCGGAUACACCGGUCUUGGAUACAACGGAUACAACGGAUACAACGGAUACAAUGGAUACAGCGGAUAUAGUGGUUACAGCGGUUACCCGAGCUAUGGAUACUCUUCUUGGUAAAAUGGCAACCCCGAGAGCGAAGCUCUUCGUCAUCAGCGCAAAGCAUCACUUGGACCGCUUGGAUCUUUCAGAGCUUUUAGUGUUCACCUUCUUUAGGAAAGCGUUCCCAAAGAUAGAUUAUAUAUAUUAAUAUGUGUUAAUAUAUAUUCUUCUUCGUCGACAAUAAGUGUGAUUACAGUGAAUACUUCACGUUUCGAAAAUUAAGGAACAAUUUGGCGAGUUUUUCAUGUGGGAUUCUUUUGAACAUUUUUACGACAGGGACAGAAGGGAAGAACAAGUAUCUGGAAAAGAAGAGCGUCCUCUUAUUUUGAAAAAAAUAAAAAGACAUUUCCAUGACGAAAGAAUUCGAGUGGUGUUCGCGAUCAUCAAGUGUGACUACUUAGGUCUAUAUGUUUCUACCUGUAACUUCAUUAUAUAACUGAUUGUUCAUCAUCGAAAUAAAUCUUUUCCUAUGACAA